AUGUCGGCCCGAGCCGAUUUCGGGCACUUCGCGGACGUCUGCUUCGGCGCCUUCGGCGACCGCGUCAAGUACUGGAGCACCUUCAACGAGCCCAACGUCGCGGUGCGGUUCGGCUACUUGCUCGGCACCUACACGCCGGCCCGCUGCUCGCCGCCGUUCGGCUCGUGCGCCCGCGGCGACUCCGACGCCGAGGCCUACGUCGCCGCCCACAACGUCGUGCUGUCGCACGCCACCGCCGUCGAGAUAUACAGGAGAAAGUACCAGAGCAAGCAAAGAGGAAUGAUUGGAAUGGUGCUGUACAGCACCUGGUACGAGCCGCUCACAGAUGUCCCCGAGGACCGGCUGGCCACUGAACGAGCCUUGGCGUUCGAGGGUCCAUGGUUUCUUGAUCCAUUGGUCUAUGGCGAUUACCCACCGGAGAUGCUCCGGCUUCUCGGUGAGAGGCUGCCGAGUUUCUCACCGGAAGACAGGAGGAGGCUGAGGUACAAGCUGGACUUCAUCGGGGUGAACCACUACACGACCCUGUACGUCAAGGACUGCGUGUUCUCAGCCUGCCCACUGGGGAAGCAGACGCAGCACGCGCGCGCGGCCGUCGUUGGAGAGAGGAACGGGCUUCCCAUUGGAACUCCAACCGCUAUGCCCAAGUUCUACGUGGUACCGGAUGGAAUGGAGAAGAUGGUCACCUCCUUCAUGAAGAGUAGAUACAACAAUGUGCCAAUGUUCAUCACUGAAAACGGCUACGCGCAAGGUGGAGAAAGUUACAGCGACAUGGAGGAUUGGCUUGAUGACAAGGAUAUGAUAGAGUAUUUAGGCCUCGUUUAG